AUGGAGGCUCUCGACAUCAUCACCGAUCAAGUCAAUCAACUGGCACUGUCCGCGCCCUCCCAGAAUUCCCCAGCAUCAUGGGCGUCUUUACCCAACGAGAUCCGUGAUCAAAUCUUGGAAAACUGUACGGGCUAUCCAGGUUGGUCGUCUCUGGCCGCCGUAUGCAAAAAAUGGCAAUUUUUUGUAGAGAGGCGAAAUUUUCGGCGUCUCAAAUUGGAUAUGGAUGGCAUAGACCACUUGUACUUCCGGAGAAUCGACAUGCGGCAACGGCAGCAGUAUGUUGAAGACAUAAAGAUCAACAUCAGAUUACCGUGGUACGUCAUGCUAGAUGCCGAACCGACAAGAGGCGUUAUAGAGUGCCAGAUUGCCCAGCAAAGUUUGAAGGAAAUUGCAGUCAGAACCGCCGUCGAGAAAAUUUUCACUAUUCUUUGCACCUGGACGCCUGGGCGGCCACUGAAGCUGGAGCUCAACGCCUACUGCAGGACCGACGCAGAGUUCUGGUACAAGGGUUGGUACUACGGCUCGCCUGAUGAGAGAGACUUAGCCGACGACGCUGUUUUUCACGCUGUUCUCCCGGACGCCCCCGUAGGAGAGAAGGGGGGAGAAGAAGAGUGGCAGGAGGAUGAGGAUUGUUGUCAGGAUUACGGCUACGGCUACGCCGACGACGCGACUCUCUGGAAUCGAAGCCAAGCCUGGUUCAACGGCCAGAAGGUCUCUACCCCCUCCUUAAGAACUAUGAUGCUAGCCUUUGAGCCACUGAACUUGGGUCUUACAUUGGAAACUCUGCCCGCAGUUGAGGCAAUCACCAGUUUCACGAUUCGUCGCCAAUUGCGUCGUUGCAUCUGCCCCGAGUCUCUGAAGGUCAUAUUUGCGAGACUCCCUCGCGUGAAAUCCAUCGUCUAUGAGUUGUGGCGAGGAUACCCACUACCCCCUGAGAGGCUUGAACAUGGUAAGCAUUUUCAUCUCGCAACUGCUGACACGGACUAUACAGAAAUGACAACCAUGAUCUCAGCAUGCAAUCCCCAAACGACCAAGAGCUUGACAAUAUUUCUAGACUUUCACUACAACUGCCUUGCAGACGCUCAUUUCGAGCGUUACUUUCUAAACUGGGAGCAAGUGCGUCACUAUAGGCAAGGGCACGUUUGGGUUGCAGCGGCUCUGGCUUCGAAGAGCCUCGCCCUUACGCAUCUUUCCGUCACAUUCAUGACCAAGGCUGGACUUUUCUUUGGAAAUUGUCGUUCUUCCUGGAUUUGGCCGAACCUGCAAACUCUGGCCCUCACUGCGCCAUGUUUAAUUCGCUCGUGUAAGAAAGGCUCGGAGAUGAUUCGGGAAAUUCUAUGUACAGCAGCCGAGUUUGCACUACGCAUGCCGGAGCUGCGCCUCAUGGUUCUUUGGUAUGUGGCGUAUGGACGAGCUUGCGCGUUUAUAUACCGUGGAAAGAAUUCCCGUCCUUCCAUCACAUGGCGUGCGACGAAGAAGCUGGAUCUACAAUCGAAGUAUUACGCUGAGGUGGUAAAGCGGUGGCAAAGAGUUGCGUCUGACUGUGGCCCGGUUGGGCUUCAGGUCAACACCGAGCGACUGCCAGGGCACGGGCGUAUAAGAUGCCAUGGUGAUGCUAUCCAUCUUUUGAAUUUGCCUGUCCAAGUGGUGGAUCCGGUCUCGUUGCGACAGAUGCGGCUGGAGGGGAGGAUGGGCCGAUGA